AUGGCCGAGCCAACCUAUGAUCCUAGCCGCCCGAUGCCGGAAAUCAACAUCGCCUACCAGUACAAACUGGGAAACUGCCCUGGCAAAAGCAUCGUCGGCUUGCGUGUGGAAUUCCCUCCAAACGGCUCGACUCCGCCUCAUCGACACGGUGGCAGCGCAGUGGCCGCAUAUGUUAUCAGCGGCACUCUGUUGAACAAAAUGAACAACGAUCCGAUGAAGGUUAUCAAGGCUGGAGAGACUUGGUAUGAGGCGCCAGGUUGCCACCACCGUAUUAGCGACAAUGCGAGCAAAACCGAGCCGGCGACCUUGUUUGCUACUCUGGUUUUGGACACCGAUGUUUUGGAGCGUGAUGGAAUGGGCGCGCUGAUUCAAAUUGAUGAAGAAUAUCGUUGA